CUCAGGGCUGUGUCGGUCUAUCAUGGCAGUACGCAGGACUUCAGCAGCAAGGAAGAAGAGGUUGCAAGAAGUUCCACUGAAACAGCCGGCUCCAAGACUGUGAGAAGCUCUGAGAAUCUAAUAUACCUUUAAAGGAAUUUAAUGGCACCGUAAAGUGGAGAAACGUGGUAAUCAUUUCCAAAAGUAAGCGAGGUUUCACUGUGGAUAUAGUCUGUAGAGGAGUCAUUGAAACUUAACAGCCUGAGAGGGAAUUAUUCUCUGCACUGACGAUGAUGUUUUUUUUGUUUUGAUUGAGAUGGAUGGAUUUUUGCACAAAGUUGAAAGUUUGACAGUUGUCUCCAAAAGUAGCACAAAGAUGGAGCGCAUCACAAGUUCACCGUGGAUUCUGGCAUUCUGUGCGCUUCAGGAAUAAUGUUGCACGACAGUAUUACUCCAUGAGCCGAGAGGAUUAACCUACAGUAAAAUAACAUGUCUCUGAACCGGGUCCACACGACAGACACGGAGCAGUCUGCAGAGUACUCGGUCGAGUACUCGGUGCAGGUUCCCAGUGACUCCAGCACUGGAGCGGCUCGGACUCGGGAGGUCACCGUNNCCGGCCGCUUCCUGCCGCGCGCCGUGCGCCUCACCUUUACGCCCAAUUCGCUGGAGAAUCUUUACCAGAACUACUUCCGCAGACAGAGACAAGAUAACCUGCUCGUGUUGGCGAUGUUUGCUGCUCUUUUCAACAGCUUCAUCAUCAUCAUGUGCGCGGUGGUGUACACCGAGGACAAGCUGGCGAUGGUGGUGGUCGCAGCCGUGGGGCUGGCUGCGGACGUUGCGCUCUACGUGCUGUGCUGGCUGCAGAAGCUCCCGGCGUCGCCAGUCUCACGCGGAGCUGUACCGUACGUGCUGUGGUUAAUGAUCGCCGUUCACGUUUUAUGUUACAUCUGUUUGAACUACGAGCGUUUCCCGCAGGCCAGCGACUCCGUGGGCUGGCAGGCCUUCUUCAGUUUCUCCAGCUUUCUGACACUCCCACUGAACCUGGUGCCGCUGCUCCUGCUCACGGCCCUCUCCUGUGGGAUACACACCCUUGUACUGGGGGUGACUGUGGCGAAAAAGUUUGAGGAUAACCUGCAGGGGCCCAUGCUGGCGAGGCAGCUCUUAGCCAACGUGAUGCUGUACCUGUGCGCGGCCGCUGUGGGGGUGAUGUCGUACUACAUGGCGGACAGGAAGUACAGGACAGCUUUUUUGGAGGCUCGUCAAUCCCUAGAGGUCAAACUCACACUGGAGGAGCAGAGCACCCAGCAGGAGGAACUAUUACUGUCCAUUCUUCCCAAACAUAUCGCUGAUGAGAUGCUGCAGGGAAUGAAGAACCAGGCCAAUCAGCAAGAGGUCCAGCAGCAUCAGCAGUUCAACACAAUGUACAUGUACCGCCAUGAAAACGUCAGUAUCCUGUUUGCUGACAUAGUGGGAUUCACCCAGCUGUCCUCAGCCUGUAGUGCCCAGGAGCUCGUAAAGCUGCUUAAUGAACUGUUUGCCCGCUUCGAUAAACUGGCAGACGAUCAUCACCAAUUAAGGAUUAAGAUCCUCGGUGACUGUUACUAUUGCAUCUGUGGUCUUCCUGACUUCAGAGAGGACCACGCCGCCUGCUCCAUAAUGAUGGGUCUAGCAAUGGUAGAAGCCAUCUCGUACGUACGAGAGAAAACUAAAACUGGAGUGGACAUGCGUGUGGGUGUUCACACAGGCACCGUUCUGGGAGGAGUGCUCGGCCAGAAGAGGUGGCAGUUUGACGUUUGGUCCACAGAUGUCACUGUAGCCAAUAAGAUGGAGUCUGGAGGUAUUCCUGGGAGAGUGCAUAUUUCCCAGACCACCAAGGACUGUCUGCAUGGAGAAUUUGAACUGGAGCCGGGGGAAGGUGGAGAUAGGUGCGAGUACCUGCUGGAGAAAGGCAUUGACACUUACUUGGUUCUAGUGUCUAAACAGGUGGCAAAUGGGCUCAGCGGAAAUAAACCAGGCACAUUGUCCAACAGAAAUUCAAACCAGUUGAUCAACACUACAGCAACUAAUGGGAACACAGCCUCGCCCCAACCCACGCCCAGAGAGUCUAAACAGGAGAGGAGUAAGGCGGUUGAGGAACAAGUGAUCAACAGACGACUGCAGCAGGAACUGCUGGACAGAGAAUCUCAGCAAAUAAUGAAGGAUAAUCAGAUCAACCCUGUCUCAUUGCGUUUUGUGGACGGGAAGUUGGAGGAGCACUACUCCUCAGAAAAGGAAAAACGAAGCGGCGCAGCCUUUUGCUGCUGCAUCAUAGUGCUCUUCUUCAUUACAGCAAUGGAGGUGUUCAUAGACCCACUGAUGGCUGUGAACUAUGUGACUCUUGCAAUAGGAGAGGUAUUGUUGCUUAUCCUCACAGUGUGCUCCCUGGCUGCCAUCUUCCCCAGGAUGUUCUCCAAGAGGUUGGUGUCUUUCUCAAUGUGGAUCGAUCGCACACGGUGGGCCAGAAACACAUGGGCCAUGGCGGCCAUAUUUGUUCUUACCAUGGCUGUGAUUGCUGACAUGCUGAGCUGUGUCCCACCGUCCUUUCGAGUCUUCAACAGCACCUUGGGCCCCAUGCUGGAGUCACUUGGUGACCGAGGCUGUGCAGAGAAUCCAAAGCACUACAGCUACAUGGCUGUGAUGUCACUCAUCGCCACCACCAUGUUAGUACAGGUCAGCCACCUGAUUAAACUGGGCCUCAUGGUGCUGGUCGUCACAGCAACUGGAGCAGUUAAUAUCUACAGCUGGCGGGACAUAUAUGACCUGUACGAUUUUAUACAGUUUGCCUCAUACAGAACAUCCAUAGUGCCAUCCAAGUACCUCAUGACCAUGAUGAUUAUUGUCAUGAUGAUUGGGUUCUACUUCUUUGCCCGCCAUUUGGAGCGUCAGUCCAGGAAACUAUUUCUGUGGAAGAUCGGUGUGCACGACCAGAAGGAGAGGGUGUUUGAGAUGAGGCGCUGGAACGAAGCACUGGUCACCAACAUGCUGCCGGAGCAUGUGGCCAAACACUUCCUAGGCACUAAGAAGAGAGAUGAGGAGCUGUACAGCCAGUCUUACAAUGAAAUAGGUGUGAUGUUUGCUUCCAUCCCCAACUUUUCUGAUUUCUACACUGAAGAGAGCAUCAACAACGGAGGCCUUGAGUGUCUCAGGAUUCUCAAUGAGAUAAUCUCAGACUUUGACAGCUUACUAGACUGGGAUGAGUUCCGCUGCAUCACCAAGAUCAAAACAAUCGGAAGCACCUACAUGGCUGCCUCAGGACUCACUCCAGAGAGCAACACGAACGAAUACAGCAACCGCAAGCCAGAGGACCAGUCACUGACUGAGCGCUGGCAGCACCUAUCUGCCCUGGCAGACUUUGCCUUGGCUAUGAAAGUAACCCUCAACAACCUCAACAAACAGUCCUUCAACAACUUCAUGCUCCGAAUCGGUCUGAAUAAGGGGGGGGUUUUGGCAGGAGUCAUUGGAGCUCGUAAACCUCAUUAUGAUAUCUGGGGCAACACAGUCAAUGUAGCCAGCAGAAUGGAGUCCACUGGAGUGAUGGGAAACAUCCAGGUGGUGGAGGACUGCUAUGACAUCCUGAAGGAGUAUGGCUUCCGCUUUAUCCGGAGAGGGCCAAUAUUUGUCAAAGGGAAAGGGGAGCUGCUAACCUUCUUCAUGAAAGGAAAAGAUAACCCCAGUAGCAAUGGGACCACUGCCCUUCCGCAUCAAGUUGGGGACCUUUCUUGAUUAUUUUCACCUGGUGAAAUGCCAUUAACACCAAGCCAGUUUCUCUGAUAUACACAGGUUAUUUACCUAGUUGUUUUUUCAUACAUUCUGUAGCAAUGUAAUGUAUAUGGAAGUAGACCAACACAACACAAUAGUACUAUAAUAAGCAUUAGGCCUACAAUUUUGAAAUACCAUUUCACCCACAAAGGAAUGUAAUAUCAGAAACUGAUUCUGUAUAGUUGUACAUAAUUCAGUAAUACAGUCA